GGAAGUUUACGUGUCGUAUAUGCGCGCAUACCCGGAAGUUUUCAGACUCCAAUCAUUUGUCGACACAUUACCGGCUAACUCCACUUUUGUUUUGUUGCAGAAUUUAUUGAAAAGCUGAUAAGAUGCAGCCAUAUCGUCUGGUUGCCACAGCAACUGUUCUGACAGCAAUGCUUGGCAUUACAGUGGCCCACUUAGCAGUGAUGUCUAUAGAUCUGGGAAGCGAGUUUAUCAAAAUAGCCCUGGUCAAGCCUGGAAUUCCAAUGGAAAUAAUUACCAAUGAUGAUUCAGCCCGUAAGACUGCCAACAUUGUAUGUCUUCGCAACGGGGACAGGAUGUUUGGAAAUCCUGCUGAACAUUGUGCGAGCAAAUACCCGAGCAAUGCCUUCUGGUACCUGACCCAGAUUGUGGGCAAGAUGCAUGAUGACCCUGCUGUGACCCAGUACCAGAAACGGUUCCCGUACUACCAGCUUGUCAAGGAUAAGGAAAGGGGAACAACACUCUUCAAAAUUAAUGAUGAGACCCAGUACAGUCCCGAGGAGUUGCUUGCCAUGAUACUUGAGAAGGCGAGGCAGUAUGCAGAGACGUUUGCAGAUCAGCCCAUCAAGGACGUGGUGAUCACGGUCCCCUCAUACUUCAACCAGGCAGAGAGACGGGCUGUGUUGAUGGCUGCAGAGUUGGGUGGGCUCAAUGUCCUGCAGCUUAUUGGCGAUAAUGCAGCCGUGGCUCUGAACUACGGUGUGUUCCGUCGCAAACAGUUCAGCAAUGUCACACAACACAUAAUGUUUUAUGAUAUGGGUGCCUCCAGCACAACUGCAACAAUUGUUGCCUACCAGGUUGUGAAAAUGAAGGAAGGAUCGAGAGUGGUUGAAAACCCACAGCUGACAAUUAAGGGAGUAGGCUUUGACAAGGAGUUGGGAGGUCUGGAGAUUUCCAUGCGUCUACGUGACCAUCUUGCCAAGUACUUCAACAAGAACAAGAAGACCAAGGCGGACCUGUACACCAACCAUCGCGCCAUGACCAAGCUUCUACGUGAGGCAGAGCACGUCAAGAAAAUCCUAAGCGCUAAUGUGGACCACAUGGCUCAAGUUGAGGGCCUACUAGAGGAGGAAGAUUUUAAGAUGAAAGUGUCGCGUGAAGAGCUAGAGAAGAUGUGUGAUGACAUGUUCCCAAGGGUCACACGUGUGAUUGAUGACGCACUCAAGACUUCUGAACUCACCAGGGAAGAAAUUAGUGAUGUUAUACUGAUGGGAGGAGGAACAAGGAUUCCCAAAGUGCAGACCCUUCUUCAGGAAUAUCUCGGAGGUGUUGAGUUGGGUAAGAGUAUCAACACAGAUGAGGCUGCAGCUCUAGGGGCCGUGUAUCAGGCAGCCAACCUCGGCAAGGGCUUCAAAGUGCUCACCUUUGGCAUCAAGGAGGCAAACAUGUAUCCUAUUGUGGUGGAGUUUGAAAAACAGCGCGGUGAGGACAGCAGCACAGAGGCCUCCAAGGUGAUCAAGCGGACCCUGUUUGGCCGCAUGAACCCGUACCCCCAGAAGAAGGUGAUGACCUUCAACAAACACUUCAAGGACUUCACCUUCAACGUAACCUAUGGCGACCUGGACUUCUUGCCUGCAGCAGAGGCUGAGGUGAUGCGAAAUCUGCAGGGACAGAUCAAUGAGAUCAGCCUGCGCGGGGUUGCAGAGGCGUACGCCAAACACACUGACGCACAGGAGGCAAAGGGCAUCAAGGCUCACUUCAGAAUGGAUGAGAGUGGGAUACUCAAUCUUGACCUUGUGGAAACUGUAUUUGAGAAGGAAGAUGAUGAGAAAUCCACAUGGUCAAAGCUUGGAGACACUCUAAGUGGACUGUUCGGUUCAACAGAGGGUAAUGAUACUGCUGAUAGCCAGGAACCAGUGGGUGGAGGUAAUGGGGAACCAGAGAAAACUAAGAGUGACCAAUCAGAAAGUGGCAAUGAGGAGGAGAAGUUCUCAAAAGAAAAGGAAGAACACAAAGAGGAACAACCAGCAGAAGAGAACGCGGAUGAAGACAAAACUGAUAAUCAGAAAGAAGAGUCAGACAAGGGAGAUGAUAAAGAAAAAGAACAAACAGAGAAACCCAAAGAGGAUAAAAAGAAGAAAGAUGACAAAAAUGGUGACAAAAAAGAUGAAGAGAAAAAGGACGAUGGGGAGAAGAAGCCAAAGGUUGUUCUUGUGAAGGAGAACAUCACCACGGAGGCAUCUGUGAAUGAUAUCAAGCCACCCAGCAAGGAGGCCUUGAGGGCUAUGAAGAAAAAACUGGCCGACCUGACUGCGCGAGACAAUGACAGGAAGGCUCUCGAGAAGGCAAAGAAUGAGCUGGAGGCGUUUGUGUACGAGAUGACAGACCGGCUGUCCCAGAAGACGUACGAGAAGUGUUCUACAGAGGAGGAGAGGGAGAAGUUGCGCACAAUGCUGCAGGAAGCAUCUGAUUGGCUGUAUGAGGUCGAGGAAGGCACUCCCAAGGAGAAGUACAUAGAGAAGCUGAAGGGCCUGAAGAAAGCAAUGAAGGAGUUGGAGUUCCGUGUAAAAGAGAUGAAGGAGCGCCCAGAGGCCAUAGCGGCCCUCAACUCCAUGCUGAACCACUCCAAGGUGUUCCUGGCGAGCAUCAAGAACAUCUCCAGUAUGGAGCCUGAGGACGCCAUGUUCUCAGCAGUGGAGAUUGAGACACUCGAGAAGUUGAUCAAUGAAACAGAGGAUUGGAAGAAAACCUCUGUAGCAGAGCAGAAAAAGAUUCCAGCUCAUGAGAAACCAAAACUGGUGUUAGAAGACAUAAGUCUGAAAAUGCAAGCGCUGGACCGUGAAGUGAAGUAUCUUAUCAACAAGGCAAAGACAUGGAAGCCUAAGAGCAAGCCAAAAGCAAGUAAAACUAAUAAAACUACUAGCAACAAUGACACUGUACCAGAAGCUGAUGACAUAGCUGGGGAGAAAACUGAAGAUAUUCCUGCUGAAGAUGAAACUGCAGAGGAGGUUAAGGAACAAAAAGAAGAGAAAUCAUCUAAAAAACAAAAAGAUAAAACUACGAAAGCUAGUGAGGAGCCUGAGGUGACCCUUGAACUCCCUCCUGCAGAUGAAUCUCAGACAGCGAAAGAAGAAACUACAACACAGAAACCUAAAGACAAAGUAACACACGAUGCUGGAGAUUUAUAACACUACCUCAUCCAUAGGUUUACAUUCAGUUCUCUCUCAUCACCGACAAACCAUGUCACAAAUCCGACCAGAUCAUUUCAUCUUGUUGAUUGAAUUGCCAAGCUUUUUUUAAAAAUAAUUAUUUAGCCUUUUUUGUGUUUGUGCUAUUCCUGUGCUACUUGUGUCUGUAGUAAGUUAGCAUUGUUUUAUAAAUGGGAAAUAACAAUAUAUUUAUAUUAAUCAAUUUUUGCAACAAUAGAGAACCUUAAACAUGAUGUUCCAGUAAUUUAUAUACAUGAAAACGAAACUUCAUUUGCUUAAAAAUUGUGAAGGCAUCAAUUAAAAAUAAAAUAAAUGGUAUUUUGGUCAUUGAAAUAAGGAUUUAAAGAUGGUUUAUUAUCACAAUGUGACAUUUGCGCGUACUGUCUUGGUUAUUCAUAGCAUUAAUUUUAUAGUCUUAUGCAGCAAACAAAAUAUUUAUUAAAAUCAAGAAGUUUUCAUCAACUUAAACUGGAGAAGAAUUUUAGUUACAAGUAGAUAUAAUAAAUGGGUGUUUUAUGCAAAUCUAAAAAUCCAUUUAACAUUGUUAUUGAGCCUCGUUCUGGGAAAACUGGGCUUAAUUAAUAUGGACAAAUUGUUGUCCCAGGCUAAUCUGGGAGGAUAUAUUCCAACUCAACAGAAUUUUUGCUUAGAAGAGACUUUCUUUGAAUGAACAAUACCAUAACAUGGUAAUGUGUUGUCCCCGACUAGCCUAUGCCAACUGCACAUGUUUAUCCAGGACAACACUACCAGCAUGCAUUAAGCCCAGUUUUCUCAGAACACAGCUCAAAUUAUCAAGAUGUGUUCCCUUUGACUUCUUUAGUGUACAGACAUGGUCUUGGUUAUUGAUAAUGUUAUUUUAGAGGGCUAAUGAAGCUUACUGAAUGUCAUGGGAAAUAAUAGCACAGUUUUCAAGCCACAAAAGCUUGAAAAGAGGUUAUUUGUUAAAAUUACUUAUGUGAGUAUCCCUAUGUUUUCUUAUAUUUGCCAACAUUAAGUGUUGUUGUUCAUUCCAGUUUUGUGUGCAAGUUAAUUUCACCUUUCUUAAUGUUAUGAAUUGUAAAUAUUGGAAUGACUUGUCAUAAAAAGUUAAAUAAAAUGACAAUAUUUGUAAAGGCAAAUCAUGUGUGCUUGUUUUUGAAAAAAAUGAUAUGAAAUUUUAUUUAUCUUGAAUUCGAUUUAUUUUGAAAUUGAAAUAUGAUUAAUAUUGCAGUGGUCACCUUAUAACCAAUACUGAACACUGCGUAUUUGCAAGUGACUAAGAAUUACUUGUACUUAUGACUAGCACAUUGUAAUCAACUUCUUAGAAAAUAGUUCAUUUUUCUUGAUACAGAAAUAUUGUUUAUCCGUGUAAAUGCCUGUGUAAAAAACAACGCAUGAUACAUUAUUAAACAGUGAUUCAAAUAUAUUUUCCCAAUGCUGUUUUUUCAUUUAACUUUAAUAACUUGUGAUAUCUAGUUACCUUUCGUGUCUUGUAAAGUUGUAACUAGUGUGUCUGUGUUUAUUAGCCAUAUUGUGUCUGUUUUGGAUAAACUAUUUAGUUUGUGAGUGAUAUUUUGAAUGCUAGAAAGUAAGAAAGAGCAUUAUGAAAUCGUGUAAGGAGUGUGGUAUUGCAAAAAUAUGUAGGCAUGUCUUUUUCCAUUUUAGUGAUCUAUUUAUUGCAUUGAAGUGCUUCAUAUAUGAAUCGUCGUCGUAGAAUUGUUUAAUUGAAGUUGUGUCUAAAAUACGGAACAGAAUACAAGUGUACACAAAUGUACAUAUUGAAUGUAUUUUAUAGUAACUUGAAGAGAAUUGCCUGCAACUAUUGUGUAAGACACAGAAGUAAAGCUUUGUUCACUAUAACAUAGGCUAAACUGAGUGUUUAACUUAACAAAUGAGUUAUUCCAAGUUUGCAGCAUUUUAUUUGUUUCACAUUGACAAAAUUAAUGUUCAUCAUAGUCCUGUUAAAUUUUUGAUAUUGGCCAAAAGAUUGUAAAUAUUGUAAACAGGGUCUAGUUGAAAACAUGCAUUUCAAGAAAUAAAAUGUAUAGCAUUUUCAGUGGUAUCUUACUUUGUACUUCUACCUGUCAAGUAGUUGAAUAUUCUUUUGUGAAUUGCAAAGAAGACAAAAUCCUGGUUGUGUCAGUUAUUAAACUCUAGUAGCAAUUGAAAGGGAAUGUGUAUUUGUACAAUUUGUUCAGAUGUGAAGUAUUUAAUUUAUGAAAAUAGUUCUGAUUGAAAAAUAAAAUAUUUUGAACAAAUUUA